AUGACUACGUACUUGGAAUUGAUAGUCCACCAUGGUGGGAAAAUGGACUAUUAUGAGAAGGUUCCUCCCUACCUAAAUGGGAAGAUUGAAGAAGUUGACAUGGACCUAGACUACAUCUCCUACUUCCAGUUACAACAGCUUGUGGUCGUCCACUUUAAAUACGCUAGGGUCGAGCGCUUGUGGUAUAUGGCUCCAUCGUAUAAUUUGGGAAAUGGUCUGGUUGAAAUAAGGUCCGACACCGAGGUUAUGGAUGGAUUGAUUCAUGGUUUUGAAAAUGGGAAAAUCGUUAUCUUUAUGGAAGGUAUAGAAACUCAAGUUGGAGAUAAUGAAGAUGCUGGUGGAGACUUCAGUGAUGACGGUGAUACAGAAGGUCAUGAGGAGUCACAGAAUCGAGACAUCAUCCAUCUUAUGGAUGAUGAUGUGCGCACUUCUGAUGAUGAGUUCGUCGAUGCUUUGGAGAAUCAAGGGAUUAGAGCACGACAGAUGAGGGUUCAUACCACUAAAGAUGCAACUGGUGAAGCUACGGAGCAGGAAUCUGUAACUGAUUAUGAGAAGACCGAACAGGAUGUUCCCUCACAAGCUAUGGGACGUGAAGAUGAAGAAGCUGAAGCUAUCCCACAUGUACAGACAGAACAAGGGGAAACCAAACUCAACCCGAAGCUGAAGAUAUACCACAUGAAAGGGCAGAACAAGUGGGAAACCGAACUCUACCCGAAUCAAAAUAUAGAGGUUCGGUUAACUCACGACAUGUUCGUGGGAAUGUAG